GGCCGCGGCGCCUUGUGUCUUGCAGGAGAACGGGCGCUGCACCACCAAGCUGGAGAGCAUGGGCUUCCGCGUCGGGCAGGGGCUCAUCGAGAGGUUUACAAAAGACACUGCCAGGUUCAAGGAUGAAUUAGACAUUAUGAAGUUCAUUUGCAAAGAUUUUUGGACAACGGUAUUCAAAAAACAAAUAGAUAAUCUAAGGACUAAUCACCAGGGUAUUUAUGUCCUUCAAGACAAUAAAUUUCGUCUCUUGACACAAAUGUCUGCAGGGAAGCAGUAUUUAGAACAUGCACCAAAGUAUUUAGCAUUUACCUGUGGACUAAUCAGAGGAGGCCUAUCAAAUCUGGGAAUAAAGAGUAUUGUAACAGCUGAAGUUUCAUCAAUGCCUGCAUGUAAAUUUCAGGUCAUGAUACAGAAGAUGUAGAGCACAUUAAAAUAUGGGUAUCUACUUUAAAAAGCCUUUGUAUGUGGAUUCAGUAUCUUGACUCAGUCUUGUAUAUAACAUGUAAAUUAUAGCAGUGUGCAGCACAAUUCCAAAAUAUAUAAUAAAUGCUCGUCAAAAUAACUUAA